CACUGAAGAAGGGGGAGCCCCCCAUGUGCAAGGAGCACGAGGACGAGCGCAUCAACAUCUACUGCGUCACCUGCGAGGUGCCCACCUGCUCCAUGUGCAAAGUCUUCGGUGCCCACAAGGACUGCGAGGUGGCCCCUCUGCAAACCGUCUUCCAGGGACAGAAGACUGAGCUGAACAACUGCAUCUCCAUGCUGGUGGCGGGCAAUGACCGGAUCCAGACCAUCAUCUCCCAGCUGGAGGACUCCUGCCAGAGCACCGAGGAGAACAGCGAGGCGGCCAAGAGGGAGCUCUGCGCUCGCUUUGACGCGCUGGCGGCGCUGCUGGAGGAGAAGAAGGCGGAGCUGCUGCAGCGCAUCGCCCGCGAGCAGGCGGACAAGACCGCCUUCAUCCAGAGCCUCAUCUGCCAGUACAAGGAGCAGCUGGAGAAGUCGAGCCGGCUGGUGGAGACUGCCAUCCAGGCAGCCGAGGAGACCGGCGGGGCUGCCUUCCUCAUGAACGCCAAGCAGCUCAUAAAAACGAUCGUGGAGGCCUCCAAGGGCGCUCGCCUGGACAAGAUCGAGCAGGGCUACGAGAGCAUGGACGCCUUCUCGGUGAGCCUGGAGCACCUCAGCGAGGCCGUGCGCGCCCUGGACUUCGAGCCCGCAGAGGAAGAUGAGGAAUACUUUGAUGGGGAGGAAGAAGAGGUGGAAGAGAACGCAGCGCCCGAGAGGACGGGGAUGGCUUCCCUGUAGCCACAGCAACGUUGCCGGAGAGAAACGCCCCCGGGCACGGGAUGUCCGGCGACGGAUUUGGGGUGGGGGGGACACGGGGCAGGGCCCGGCAGCCCCGGCGCCUGCUCCAGCACAGGACACUUUUCUAUACGGGUGCAAACAGGACAAUUCCGCACGUUUUGUAAUUCCCUUGUUUUGUACAUAAUUGUCACGGAUUUGAAAAUUGUGUAUUUUGUAAAGAAAA